GAUGCCGCUGAGCGGCGGCGGGGAGCUGGGGGCGAGCGACGAGCUGAUCCGCUUCAAGGACGAGGGCGAGCAGGAGGGCGAGCGGGACCUGGCCGAGGUCAAAUCCUCGCUGCUGCGGGAGACCGAGGGGCCGGAGAGCGGCGGCCGCCCGCCCGGGACCCAGGCGGAGCGCGGUGCCGAGCCCGAGAGUCUGGUGGAGAAGCGCCGGGAGCGAGAGGAGGAGGCCCGGAGCCGGGAUGGAGGCUUGUUCCCGGCCGCCAGCUUCCCGUUCCUACUGAUCCCGGAGCUGCCGGCGCCGCCAGGUCUGUCCCCGGGGCCGCGCACGUACCUGCAUAUGAAAUGGCCCCUGUUGGACAUACAGGCGGCAGGUUCUCUCAAGGACUCACCAUCUCCUGUCCACAUUACCACCGGUUUGCCCCUGGUGCAGCACCCUCACCACGUGCACCCUCUCACCCCCCUCAUCACCUACAGCAACGAGCAUUUCUCGCCGGGGAGCCCGUCCUCUCACCUGUCCCCGGAGCUGGACCCCAAGACCGGACUCCCUCGGGUUCGGCACCCUUCCGAGCUCACGGCUUUCUACCCGCUGUCUCCAGGCGCCGUGGGACAGCUCGCUCACCCUCUCGGCUGGAUGGUGCCACCGCCGAGUCCCCCUCUCUACACGAUGUUAGCUCCAGGCCUUAGACCCUCCUACCAUACAGCACUGGCUGCCAACGCCUCUGUGGCCAGAUUCUCUCCUCAGUUAGUCUCAGCGCCACACGGUCUACAUGGAAGUGGAAUUCCCCAUCCGGCUAUUGUAACAACAGGAAUCAAGCAGGAGCCGGAUCACAGCCAGCCCAGUCCGAGCCAUUCCUCGAAGCCUCUGGCCGUGAAGGAGGAGGAUGAGAAGAGAAAACCCCACAUCAAAAAGCCAUUGAACGCCUUCAUGUUGUACAUGAAGGAGAUGAGAGCCAAGGUGGUGGCCGAGUGUACACUGAAGGAAAGUGCUGCCAUUAACCAGAUACUGGGACGCAAGUGGCACGCGCUGACCCGAGAGGAGCAAUCCAAGUACUAUGAGCUGGCGAGGAAGGAACGGCAGCUGCACUCUCAGCUCUACCCCGGGUGGUCAGCACGAGACAAUUACGGAAAGAGGAAAAAGAGGAAACGAGGCAAACAGCAGCCGGCAGAGGAGAGUAACCAAGAGGCUUCGGUGUCUGGUUCCCGACGGAGGCUGAAGAGCCGUCAGUUGGUCCACGCGGAUGGGAUCUACUCGCUGCCCAUCUCUGCUUCCGCCAGUAGCAGUGUCCUGGACUCACCGCCCUCUCCAUCCACUCAACAGCUGGCACCAGAAGCCCGAGCCCCUGAGCAGGCUCAGCCACUGUCCCUCAGCACCAAGCCCGAAGUCCAGUCCAAGCUGAGGGCUCCCACCUCCAGCCCCUCUCCCGUCGGCUCUCGGCACCUCUCCCAGGCUGCCACUCCCACCUUCCUCUUGACCCCACCUUCCUCAGUUGAGGCUGCCACACACUCCCAACAUGGUCUGCAGACACAGCCAUUGUCCUUGGUGACCAAGUCACCAGAGUGACCUUUGGCCCACGCUCCUUGACCCCAUAUUCAAUCUGGCUCUUGGACACUUGACCUUCCAGAGAAUUUUUAAAAGAUGUUCUUUGAAACUGGUCAAUAUUUGACCCCAUUUUUAUAUUGAAAACUGUAAAUAACCUUUUAUUACGUUGAGGCUGGAGGAAGGCAAGGAGGGACUGGGGUGGUGGGAGGGCUACUUCUGGAGAAGACAGAGGUGGGAGGAGGGUCAGGAUGGUAGGUAGAGGUGCCUCCAUGAUCAUUGCAACUUGAGCUCCGCCAUGGUGCAUACUUGACAGGGUUUGUGGAGGUGACCUUUGGAAAGCUUCCCUCGCCGUGAGGAUCAUCGGCUUUUGUUCAGCUGGUUGGUCCCCAAAUGGGGGCUGGGGUUGUAACCUCUUGUCUGUAAGACUCUGGUUACGUCCCUGGCACGGUCUGGGGGUGAGGGGUGGGGGGGGAUGAGCUUCACUGAUCUUGUUGAUGCUUCAGAGGUCACCUGGGGAAGUGAGGUGCUGACCCUGGACACUCCUCCUGCGCUCAGUGCAGUUCAAGGUGGGCAGGGAGGCACUCUUUAGUGAGACAAUCACAUUAUUCAUGAAACUGAGAUUCCUCCCCCCCACCCACACCUCCUGAAAAACAAACACCUCUUACUUGCCCAAUUAUUAAGCUGAAUUGUGUACUCUAAGUAACAAGGACCAUGACCCUUCACCGGGGCUGGUUCGGAGCUCACCAAACUGCUUGUAGCCUGGCUUCUGCUGAAUGCACUGGGUUUGGCUCGAGCUCAAAGGUCUUUUCAGCUGUGCUGUUGGGUUGACAGGGAAAUAGUCCUUCUCUGCAGGAGAGUGACUGGGUUCAGGUAUGCUUCAACCACAGCUGAACAGGCUUUUGACAAUUUCAAAACACGUCAUGUACCAUCGCACAGUGAUAAAAUUCCGGACCUGGGCAAAGUUCCUUCUCUGCUUACAGUGCGGAGUAGCUGGUCACUGGUGGGCUCCGGUAGAUCCACUGCCCUGUUGCCUUUUGAGAUCACCCCAUCCUCCACUUUCCAUCCCCUGGUUUUAUUUUCAGUUUGUUUCAAACAUGUACAAAUUUCUGCAUAAACAUAUUAUAUAUAAAA